GAGAAACAAGUUGAAUCCCUCCAGUGAAAGUUCACACCAGUCAGAAGGUAACUAACUAACUGUACAGUACAGUCCUCUUGAAUGUCUCUCUGUUGUCUGAACAUGAAGACCUCUAUGAUUGUCCUCAUCCUCUGCUGUCAGGUGUAUGCAGAAGACAAAGUUCUGCAUAUUGAUAUAUAUAUUACUGGAUGCAGUGAUUCAGAUGGAGUGGAUAUGUAUGGACUGGAUGGUGAAGAGUUGUGGUACGCAGACUUCAACAAAAAGGAGGGAGUGGUGGCUCUGCCUCCGUUUGCAGAUCAGAUCAGCUUCCCUGGAUUUUAUGAACUGGCUGUAGGUAAUCAGGGGGUAUGCAAAGCAAACCUGGCCACAUUUAUAAAAGCUUACAAGAACCCACCAGAGACAAUAGACCCUCCUCACAGCAGCAUCUACCCCAGGGAUGAUGUGGAACUGGGGGUGGAGAAUACCCUCAUCUGCCACGUCAGUGGGUUCCACCCUGCACCUGUCAGAGUCAGGUGGACCAGGAACAAUCAGAAUGUGACCGAGGGAGUGCGUAUCAGCACCCCCUACCCCAACACUGAUUUCACCCUCAACCAGUUCUCAAGUCUGAGCUUCACCCCAGAGGAGGGAGACAUCUAUGGCUGUACUGUGGAGCACAAGGCCCUUACUGAGCCCCUGACACGGAUCUGGGAACCUGAGGUGAGCCAGCCCAGUGUGGGUCCUGCUGUGUUCUGUGGAGUGGGUCUGACUCUGGGGCUGCUGGGAGUGGCUACCGGAACAUUCUUCCUCAUCAAAGGGAACCAGUGCAACUGAGACUACAGCUGUCAGAUCAUCAUGGCAAAUCUGCAUAAAUAUAGAGGGCGUCGCCAUCAUUUAAAGUAUCUUUGUAUUGUUAAAACUUUGUAUAUAGACUGUAGAUGGCAAAAAGCCUUUUUAGCCUCCUCAGGAAUGUGAGGUUAAACUGCAGAUAAUAUAGUUUCAGGAGGGGUCAAGUACAUGAAUUAAACACGUGUACUGCAGAUUUAUCCCCCUUGGCCCCUUCAAAGGUAGAGCAUAACAAUAGUCUGAUAUAGUAAACAUUUCAGCAGUCUAUGCUAAUUAUCCCCCAAAUUGAUGUAUGCCGGGGUUACUUUUUAACCUUGUAUGUGUUUAUUAAAGCGUAUUAGCCCUGAAA